AUGAUGCCCAACACUCCAUCCAUGCAAGGGGAAGCCAACCAAUUUUCAGGGACUCCCAAUGUGCCGAGAGAAAUCACAGAAAACGAGAAAACUUUAGCGUUGACUGUGAAAUCGUGGGACCAAAUUGGGGCACUCAAGUCAGAGAUUGUUUCCUCCAUCAUGGCAAAGCAGGCUUCCAUCUUGAGUAAACGGUUCGCAAACAACGAUGCGAAGUGUCAUCCAAGGAAACGGCAAAAGACUGGCCCUCUUCUUACGGCUGAAACAAACUCUUUGGAACAAGCCAGCAGCAGAGUUUCCGAAAUUGUGACAAGUGACGAAGGAUCAGCAAUAGAAUCUUCUGCAGAUAGUCAGACAACCGAGGAGUCUUCUCUGGUAGAUGACUUGGAAUCAGAUAGACAGAUUGAUCGCCUUGGUAAAAUUUCUCGUUUGAUGGUUCAAUUGGAGUAUUUUCAUCAAGAACUCCGUCAUGAAAUUGUUUCCAUUUCCCAAGAAUUUGAUAUUGACAGUUGA